AUGGAGAAGAGCAUGUUGAUCAAGUUGGUAAUCUGCCUCAUCUUAGGUGUCGGUGGAUUACAUCUCUUGCGCUUGCCGCAGACGACACAAAGCUGGAUUGUCCCCUCUGCCCGUGAAUCUCUAUCCGUUUCCCAACCCGAGACCAGGAAUGGCUACCGACUCCCUCUUCUCAACCACCAUAACGAACAAUAUUCUGCGCAAGUUUCAAUAGGUACACCGCCUCAAAUAUUCAAGAUUGGUCUCGACACGGGCAGCUCGAACAUGUGGGCGACGAGCUCAAAGUGUCCAACGAACACUUGCCGCUUACAUCAACAAUAUAACUCCUCACUAUCAAACUCCUACAGCAAAAAUGGCUCUCGCUUCGAGAUAUCCUACGGUGCUGAGGGAGACGGGAUCUCUGGUUUCAUGUCUCAGGACACGAUCGGAGUCGGCGCCUUCUCCAUCGCGAACCAAAGCUUUGCAGAAGCUACUCAAGAGAUAGGACAUGGUCCGGCUCACUGGGAGAUGGACGGCAUCCUGGGAUUAGGCUUCAGCGCCGCAGCCGUCGAUCUCGUAACACCGCCGUUCUACAACAUGAUCGGCCAGGGUUUGACCAAGCCGAUUUUCGCCCUCUACUUUAGCAGCAUUUUCGUUGAAGGUGAUGAAAGCGAAGUCAUCUUCGGAGGCACUAAUCCCCAUCACUACACCGGACAGCUUGCUACACUUCCCCUUCGUGAUAAACCUACUUGGGAAACGACCUUGACGUCUAUCGCGUUCGGCAGUUGGACAAUCCAGCUCGUUGAUAUCGGGGCUGCUAUCGACACAGGUGCCUCUAUGCUCGUUCUUCCGACGACUCUCGCCUUACUCAUGUACGUUAUCUAUGCUUCGACGAGAAGGCCACGCUGA